AUGGCAGAAGCUACGACUCAACGUCCUAUUGACGGAAAUACAUUGCAGUCAUCAAAUCUCAAAUUACUUAACAACUUCGACGACUACUUGGUAGCUAUUGUGGGCAUCGAAGAUAAACAACACUUUCUUCAGGAACUUCCGACGAUGCUUAACAACGAUCGUUUCCAAUCGUUUGAUGAUAUCAAAAACAGUCCUGUUUUCGUUCAUUCUGAAUUAGAGACUGAUGUUUUCUUAAUCAUUUCUGGUACACUGGGAAAGCAAUAUCGUGAUCAACUCAUACAGAAAAGACAACUCAGAUUCGUAUACGUCUAUUGUAGACAUGAGAGCCACCACACAGAGUGGACGAAUGGAGUCGAGAAAGUCAGAUCUGUAACAUCUGAUCCAACAACACUAAUCGAAAAGCUUCACAAAGAUGUGAGAACAUUCAGCAACCGAUGGCCAUUCGAACAAAGAUCAUUUAUCAAAUCGUCAGUACCCACUUCCCAAUGGUUUCAUUUAUUUCUUACACUGAUUUGUCACACACCUGACACUAUAGCAUUACCGUAUGAUGCUAUGUUCAACGAAUGUCGUUCAUACUAUAAGAAUAAUCAAGCAAAACUUCAUGAGAUAAAUCUGUUGUCCCAACAAUAUCGACCGAAUAAUGUUAUCAGAGAAUACACGCGCGAUAGUUUUGUUUAUUGUGUUCUCAAUCACGCAUUGCGUACACGACGCAUGCCACUUAUCAGAAUACUCAGCCUGUUUAUUCGAGACUUACAUGGUCAGUUGUGCAAGCGUCAGUCAGCCGAUUAUAAAAAUUUGGACAAAGAACAAUUGAUUCGGAGUGUUUAUCGAGGACAACAUCUAACUGAAGAACAAGUGAAUCAUCUUUAUUCAGUCUGGAACUCCAAUCAUCCUGUUAUCACUUUGACCACAUUUGGUUCGACAUCAAGGGAUCCGAAUGUUGCAUUUAGGUUUGCGCUGCCUGAAAAUGCUGUCGUUUCUUGUUUGUUUGAAAUCAUCAUCACUGACAAUCGCUGUGACUCGACAGAAAGCCGCUUCUAUGAAGCACCGGUGUUUGCAGAUAUUACUUCAAUCUCUGAAAAGAGGCAUGAACGAGAAGUACUGUUUUCUCUUGUUACACGUUUUCGCAUCAUUCAAAUCGAAAGGCAACAAAUGGAAAACAAUGACUCCUAUCUUUUAAUUACAUUGAAACCAGCGGAGCCGGAAGACAUGCAGAAUAAAUUUUCUGCUUCCAGUAUUAUCGAAGAAUUUAAGAAGUUAGAAGAUGGACAAGUCUACAUGGAUAUUCUAGACAUGUUACAAGAAACUGCGGACGACGAGACAAAAUUCAACAGUACAAACUGGACAGUCUGGUGGAAUAAUCUGAAGAAUCAAUGGCACCAAGGUCUCAGGGAUAAAUCGCCACUCAAUCUCAUAUUCUAUGGGUGUUUUACCAAUAGUCCAAAGUGGUCCAGAAAAGCAAUCGAAAUGCAUAAAGAUAGUCUACGUNGAACAUGUGUUGAUCGAUGGCGUGAUUCAUCAUGA